AUGUCACCAAACGGCAUUGAAGGUGAACGUGCCUCGACCAGCGUGGAUGACACGAGUUCUCACCCAGAGUCUGACGGUCUCCAGACUCACGAGAAGGACAAGUAUCUUGGGACUGAAGAACAGAGUCUGCCACAUCUUUCUCACGAUAAAUAUGAUAAUCAGGUGAAGAGCGAAGACAAACCGGACGAAGACGUUCAAGAAGGUGUACGGGAAGCUGAAGCACUUACCUUGACCUGGACAAGAACGUCGUUGAUUGUGGCCUACGUAUUCAUGUUCCUUAUCUACCUUGUCCGAGCGUUUGAAGGCUCAAUAACAGGAAACCUUGGACCAUUCAUCGUUUCGGGAUUCUCAGCUCAUUCUCUCAUUCCUAUCAUAUCUGUCGUGGCCGACAUAAUGGGAGCCGUGACUUAUCUUACUGUUGCCCGUGCGGUGAAUGUUUGGGGAAGAUCAAAAGGUUUUGUGGUAUUGGUCGCACUUGCUACAAUCGGUAUGAUUCUCAGUGCAACUUGUCGAAACGUUGCCACCUAUGCCGCAGCUCAGAUCUUCUAUUCCAUCGGAUUUUCUGGUAUGAUCUUUUGUGUAGACAUCAUUACCGCGGACACGUCAUCACUCAAAGAUAGGGGUCUUGCAUAUGCCUUCACUUCCUCACCAUAUAUCAUCAGUGCCUUUGGAGGGUCCAAGGCUGCGGAGGGAUUUUACGCUUCCAACUGGCGUUGGGGUUAUGGAGCAUUCUGCAUCAUCCUUCCCGUCGUGGCCUCGCCACUCAUUGCCAUUCUCUUCUUACACAAACACAAGGCCCAGAAGCAAGGUCUACUUGCCCCUUCUCAGAAAAUCGACCGAACCGUUCUGCAAAGUCUUUGGUACUACGCUGUGCAAUUCGAUAUCUUCGGUAUCUUCCUCAUUGCCGGUGGUCUGGCCCUUUUUCUUCUUCCCUUCUCAAUAGUUGCUACUUUUGCGGACUCAUGGAAGACUCCUGCUAUCAUCGUAAUGAUCGUUGUUGGUGGACUGAUGCUUAUCAGCUUUGCAUUCUACGAGCGAUAUCUUGCUCCUGUACCUUUUCUACCGUGGAAUCUUUUGGUAUCUCGAACAGUGCUUGGAACCUGUCUCCUCGACUUCUUUUUCAUCAUUGCGGCUUCGUGUUGGCAGAGCUACUACACCUCCUAUCUACAAGUGGUCUACGAUGUCUCAAUCUCGACCGCUGGUUAUAUCAAUAGUGCUUCGAGUGUGGUCAACGGAGUAUGGUUGAUCGGAGUUGGUUUCCUGAUCAGGCGAACCGGAUACUUCAAGUGGCUCUUGUGGCCUAGUAUCGCUCUUUACAUUUUUGGUACAGGUCUACUCAUCUACUUCCGUAGUCCCAGCCAAUCGGUGGGCUAUAACGUCAUGUGUCAAAUCUUCCUUGCACUCGCUGGUGGUGCCCUCAUCAUCUGCAUGCAGGUGGCAGUCCUUGCGGCUGGAAACCACAACGAUUCCGCUGCGCUUCUUGCUCUUUUGAGUACCUUUGGUAACGUCGGAGGGGCUGUGGGCAGUUCGAUCUCCGGUGCUAUUUGGACACACACCAUGCCUCAAGCAUUGGCUUCUCGUCUUCCCGCGGAAUCCGUCGACCUCCUCAACGAUAUUUAUGAAUCCCUCGAUCUACAGCUGUCCUACCCAAUCGGUGAUCCCACUAGGACAGCCAUCAUAGAUGCAUACGCCGUCGGUCAGAAGCGUAUGCUAAUUGCUGGUACCUGUAUCAUGGUCGUUACCUUGUUCUGUGUCGCUGCGAUCAAGAAUAUCAAGGUUUCGGAGGUCAAACAGGUCAAAGGGGUGUUGUUUUAG